CUAGGGAAUGUUUAUCUAGCCCAGGAGUGACGUCCAGCUCCCACUUCCUUCCCCUUCUAUCCUUUUCACCUUCGACCUUCCUGCAUAUUCCAUUGUCAUCAUUUCACUACCCCUCUCGUCUACCUUCCUCGUUUCCUUUUUUUCCCCUUUUUCCUUCUUCCUUUCUCUUCCUCAAGCUCGACUCAUAUGCCAUCGAGGAAAAGCAAGCUCUCUUUCUCCCUUGCACUGCAACUUUGAACUGUUCUUCUCGUGAGGUUUGAACCCACCACUUUUCUCUUUUUCCUACCCUUUGCCUAGAUCAUACUGCGACACAUCAUCCUCCUUCAUAUCUCGAUAUUGUCUGUUGAGGUACUCCAGCAGACCAUAUUCCCUUGCCUCGCCAUCCUCUAUCGCACGUCAGAAUGUCGCAGUUCGCCGCGAUGGAUGACGGUCAGUUGAAUCCGCCCGAUUCUAAAAUUCCCCAGUUGCUGUCUCCGAACCAUGAUGGUGCCGGACAGCUUGCCAACAACAAAAAGGAGUACAUUACCAGCGGAUUUGAGAGCGGCACCAGUCGUCCUCCCACCCCUCAUGGCCCAGGGCUUCCUGCCAAUUUCGCUGAAGUUGUCAGUGGAAUCUACCGGAGCAGUUUCCCGUUGCCUGAUCACUUUGAGUCAAUCAAGAAGCUGAAUCUGAAAACAAUCGUAACCCUUGUUGAAAACGAACACUCGCGACAAUUCAAGAAGUUUAUCAAGGAUAACGGGAUCACCUCUUAUGUGAUGCCUAUUAUUGCAAACAAGGACCCUAAGAUUUUCACUUCUCAAAAUACUGUACUUGAGGUGCUCAGAAUCCUUUUCAACCCUGACAAUCAUCCUGUUCUUGUGCACUGCAAUAAAGGAAAGCAUCGAACCGGCUGCAUUAUUGCAUGCUUCAGAAGGGCCCAAGGGUGGUCGAACACGGCUGCUGUGGCUGAAUACAUUAAGUACUCGGCACCGAAAACUCGUGUUUUGGACCGCAAAUUCAUUGAAGCUUUUGACGCAAACAGGCUCUGUGAGCUGGUCGACCGCGUUGGAGCUCAGUAUUGGGUUCCAAGCAAUCUCUCAGAACGGAAAGAUUUGCGAAGUACCCCAGGCUGCCAUCUCAACGGCAAUCCCAAAGAAGUCGGUGAAUGCGACGGAGCUUCCGCCCUGGUUCUUCCUUCAGAUCCGCAGCAGAUUUAUGGUCUAGCAACCUGUAAAUUGCCAUCAUGAACAUUUUCUUCUCUUUUCCGAUACUUACAUGAACGUGAUUUUCGAGAAAGGCGUUUAGAUACUCCCGGCAUUUGGUCAGCGGAUAGACGGAAAGCGAUAAUGAUGCUGAUGCUAAAGAAGCAAACGGAGUUUGAUUGGCGCAAACUAUAUCUCUGAUUUCGAAAUUGAGCCAGCUGCGUCCUGACGGGAGUCGCAAAGUCCAUAAUGUGAUAAUUCUACGCGACAUAAACCGAUUUCACAGUCUUCGGCCGCAACAUCUGCACUUGCAAGCUUUAGUAUUUGCUGGUUUUCUUUUCAAAUGGAUUCCGCUGAUUAAGAAUCUCAAUCCGUGGAAUUUGACUGUAUGAAUAUGAGCUGUUUCCAAUGUUUUCAUGAUGUCGCGACCCUCGCCUUUGCCUUUUUUUUUCCUUGACCAAGUUCGCCUACAAGUUCAGCCACUGGGUCCUUGGGUUUGUGCACGGGUGCUGUGAUAUUUCGCUUUAA